CUCCUCGGCCUGCGGGCCAGAAGCACGGCGUGAUGGGCGGGGUUUGGCCCUCGGGGCGGAAGCGUGGCGAGAUGGGCGGGGUUUGGCCGGAAGGCCAGAAGCGCGUGGAAGGCGUGGCCGGAGGGCGGAGGCUGGGCGGUGCGGGCGAGAUGGAGCCGAAACUUGGGUUCCAUGAGCUCCUGCACGUUUUCUCCUUCCUGGAGGCCCGAGACCUGCUCUGCGCCGCCCAGGUGGACAAGGUCUGGAAUGAGGUUUCAGGGACCAAGGAACUGUGGAGGCAGCUGUGUCUGAGACGCUGGUCAUCCUGUAAAACCUCCCAGAUGACCUUGGGCACACAAACAUGGAAGGAGUACUAUCUCUGCCGAUCCGAGCUGGAGUUCCGAAUGGAAUGUGGGCGGCCAGAGAAGGACUUCAUCUGCAAAGCCAUUGCCGGGCACACAGGAGAGAUAGACGAGCUGGCUUACAUCUCAACCAAGGAGUGCCGGUUUGAUGGGCAAGAGAAGUCCAUGGUGUGCACCGUGUCCUCGGACAGCACCGUCCGUGCCUGGGAUGUGCAGGAGGGCACAGAGAUCUGGUCAAGCCCUCUGCAGCCCGCUGCUCUGGUGAACGUGGUGACCUUCCCUCGGCUCCAGCUGGCCAUCACCGUGGAUGAGCGUGGCCUCAUCAAGGUUUGGGGAGCGGAGAACGGAUGGGAGCAGGCCUCCUUCCGCCUGCCUACAUUCUCGUCUGCAUUGCAGGCCUGCGAGCAUCCAGAGGGCCCUUUCCUGCUGGUGGCCUGUGCCGAGGGCUUCCUGUAUGCGCUCACGGUGCCCCAGCUGCAGCUGCGGUCCAGGACUCGCGUGUUCCCGAGCAGCCCCACCAGUCUCCUCUGCUCUCCUGACUGCCAGUGGGUGUUUGCUUCAACCCAGAACUCAGACCUGGGCCCGAAGGUGUUCCACACUCGCUCCCUGCUGUGUCUGGUGGAGGAUGAGCCUCCCGUCUCCACCACUCUACCCAUCUGGCUGACCUCCAGAGCCUGCUGGGCCCCUGACGAGACAGCCAGGCUGAUGGUGACGCACAGAAAUGACAACGGCAUGCAGCUGGUCAUCACCACCUACGAGCUCAGGACCAAGCAGUCACGGGAAGGAGUAGACGUCGUGGUACAACAGAUGGCAAGUUUCCUCCUGCCCAACUCCAUGAUACCUCCUCACCUCAUGAAGGGCCACGGCUCUCAGGUGAUCCUGCUGGUGUCCGGGUCGGAGCUGGCGCUCUUCACCAUCCACGGGGUGCAGCUGGCAGCCUUCCAGGACCACCAGAGGCCCAUCACGUCCAUGUGGGUGGACCAGAGCCGAGUCAUCACCGCUUCCUUUGACCUAUCCCUGCGAGUCUAUGUGUGGAAUAAAGAAACGAAGCCUCCCGUCCUCAAGAGCUGCUAUCACCUGCUUGGGGGCUCCCACAGAUGGGCCAGUGGAUUCACCCAUGUGGAAGGUGACAGUAUGAGCAUUGUAGGUGUGGAAGCCAGAAACAUUGGGACGAGUAUUCUGAGGUCCUAUUGCUUCAAAGUGCAGCGUGGCUCAGAUGACUGCAUCAAUUGAAGAUAAUCUCACUUUGGUGAAGAGCUUGUCUACAUACAGACUAAAUGAUGACUUAUCACCAUUGAGACAGAAAUGAGCAAUUCUCAGAUACCUGUUAUGGACCAGGCACUGUGCUAUGUGACUUUUUUUUAAUCCUCACAAACCAGUUAAAGAGGUAUGAUGUCUCUGUUUUUCAGAUGAGGAACAGGACCAGUAAUGGGAGAGUAACCCAUUAUUGGCCUGUUGUCCAGCUGCCACGCCACCUGCCUAAGCUUGCUCAGAUAGUAAGUGGUAGAGAGGAGUGGAGGCCAGAAGGCCCAAGUACAAGGGGCUGGGCUGGUACCAUGAUUAUUUUGUUGUUAGAUAUGUAAGGAAGUAAGGAAAUGGUACUCCCCCCAUUCUGUUAUGUGCUUUAGGCACACGUUAAUAAAUGGUUGUGUGGCACCACGCUGCCCAGCUCUA